UAAUGAAAUCACAGAUUAUUCUAACUUUAUUCUUCAUUUCAGCCUUGGCAACUGUUGAGAGAGAUGCAAAUCAAGAAGCACUAGAAGGAGUCUGGUCCUAUUUUAAUAAAGAAGGACCAUUUACGGUCGCCAAAUGCGGAACUGACUAAGACCACAAAGAUGCCUUUUUAUUUACAGGUUAUAUCUUAAGAAAAGCAGAUAUUGGCUCAACUUCUGAAAUCAAUCCAUUGAUCGCCGAAGCUGAAUAAUUCUACAAUGUAUUAAUUCAAUCUAAAAACCUUAGUCUUUGCCCCUUGAAACAAGAAAUUGCUUUGAAAAUAACCAAGAAGUAAUUGAACUUGGCAAAUUCUUGGGACUUAAUUAAUAUACUCAAGAUUAACUAAAAGAUAAGAUAUCUAACUGGGUAGGAAGUCAUUUCUUCAUUUAUAAAAGACUGAUUAAAGCAGCUGGCAAUGAUUGGAACAAUUGGAAAGAUUAUAAAUUAAGUGGAGAAGAUUUGGCUGAAUUAUUACAAAGAAUUCUAACUGACACGAAAGAAUGAGUCAUCACAAUAAUAAUAAUAAAUAUGUUAAUA